AUGGAUUUCAUACUACGGUUUAAUAGAGCGCUUGCUCAGCGACGUCAUGAAGAGAUAAUUGAUGAUCAUGUUGAUAUCAAUGAGCAGCCUAUGUUGAAAUCUCCAUUGAUAAUGGAGAAGCAAAUGGCUGUCAUUUAUACUCGUAAAAUUUUCUACAAGUUUCAAAAAGAUUUGUGGAAAUGUUUGGCAUGUGUACUUCAACUUGCAAGAGAGGAUGACAAUUUAUGCUUUUAUAAGGUAAUGGAGAGGAAAAAAGAUGGUAGCUUCAAGUUGAAGGUGCAAGAAGUUAUGGUUGACAAAGUUGCAGACUAUGCUUCAUGUAUAUGUAAGAAAUUUGAAUUUGAAGGAAUCUUAUGCAGGUCCUCUUUGUGCAAGGAUGCAGAAAAUAUUUCACCCAAUAUCAAUAAUCCUUCUGUGAAGUAG